AUGCUGUCUCCAGAUUACCGAAGAGGAGGCCCUUGCAGCUACUUCUAUAAUGGAUUUAGCGGGGAAGAUUUCACUUUCUGCUUCCGAUUUAUUGCCGAGUUCCUGGACAUUGAAAGGACAGACCCAGCCGGAAAGUUUUACCUUCGAAAUCUUUGGGUGAAUCUUGCCACAAAGGUCAAGCUUUGGUUUGACAGCGUUACUGCUAAGAGCAAGCAUUCUGCUAUUGCCCAUGGAAAGUGGUAG